AUGAAGGCACGCGCCUUGCAGCUGCAACAAGAGAAAGAGGCCACUAUCAAGCGCGAGAUGGAGAUCAAGCAGAGGAGAGAGAAGGAGAUUGCCAGGGAGCAAGAAGAGAGGCGUAAACAGCAAGAGGCAGCGUCGAAAGAAGCUCGGCGGAAAGAGCUGAUGCGUAUGAAUGAGUCGCUCACCAAGAAGCCUGAUAGCAAGGCAGCGCAUGUGGAGUACGACCCAUUUGCCGAAGACGUUAAGAGGCCAGUAUCUACCCCUGCGUGCAAGCCAACUGGCAAGACGGCUGCCGCCAAGGCGCCCGGGAGUGCUUCUGCCCCUAGCCGGAACACUCCAUUCAAAGCUGGUCCCUCAAAGUCUGGCGCCUCUGGCAAAUCCUCCAAAUCUUCCAACACCUAUUUUGCCACCGAAACCCGAAAGGAACGAGCUGCCCGCCUGUUUGCUCAAAAUGCAAGAAAGUCUGCAGGGGACAAUCUGUUCAAUAUUCGUGCACUUGUGGAAUCGCGGGAACCCGUAUAUCUACCCCCCUUAGCAAAAACCGGGGCGUCGAAGCCGCCGAAGGCACAGGGCGGAGUUUCAGGGAAGGACAGAGUGCCCGGCGGGAGUCUCAAGACGCGGACAGGUGCAGAGCCCGACGAGCUCAGGAAGCUGUGCCCAGAUAGAGAUACGAGAGAUAGGAGGAGCGUCGACGACGUCGCAAGGGAUCUCAAGGCCAAACGGUCAAAGGCGGAGAUGGUACCCGUCAAAUCCACUGCUGGGCCUCUUGGCGCGAGAAACCCGGAAAUGCGUUCUCCUAAACGUGGCCGUCGAUCCACGAGCUCAGAGUCCACCGACUCGGACGAUUCCAUCGUGUCGCCUCCUCUCAAACGCCGACCAGGAUCCUUCGAAGAACCUCCCCGUUCCACGAUUUCUGCUGAGAUCCAGGCGCUCUUCCGUCGACCUGGUGGCGCACCGCAGAGGCGAUAUGAUGAUGAUUUCAGCGACGCCUCGAGUGAUAUGGAGGCGGGCAUGGAUGAUGUGGAGGGUGAGGAGAGAAAGGCGGCCCGGGCAGCCAGACUGGAGGAUCAAGCUGCAGAAAGAGAGGAGAGAGAGCAUAGGGCAAGGAAGGAGGCUUUGAAAAGGCAGAGAAUGAAGGGAAGAAGAGCGUGA